AUGGUCAGCCGUUCCAAUGACGGCGGGGAAGCCCACCUGCCAUCCCGAACCCCAGGGACUCCCGUGAAGACUCGAUUGGCAAGAUCGGGAACAAGUCCUACCAAAAGAGAUGAUAGGCAAUCAAAAUCUCUAUCGAAUGAAGACUCGGAUCUCAAGGAUUUUCAACUGGGGGAUUGUCUUGGCAAAGGGGCCUUUGGAUCGGUAUAUCGAGCUCUCAACUGGAAUACAGGAGAGACUGUCGCGGUGAAACAAGUCAGAUUAGUGGAUCUUCCAAAAAGCGAAUUGCGAGUUAUCAUGCUUGAGAUCGAUCUUUUGAAAGCACUCGACCAUCCAAACAUUGUGAAAUACCACGGUUUCGUCAAGACACCGGAUACACUCAAUAUCAUUCUCGAAUAUUGCGAAAAUGGCUCUUUACAUACUAUUUCGAAGAAUUUUGGCCGUUUCCCUGAGAACCUAGUAGCCCUUUAUAUGUCCCAGGUAUUACAAGGUCUUCUAUAUCUUCAUGACCAGGGUGUCAUCCAUCGAGAUAUUAAAGGCGCAAAUAUUUUGACUACCAAACAAGGUUUGGUGAAGCUGGCAGACUUUGGUGUCGCCAGCCGUACAACAGGUCUCCAUGAGUCAAGUGUCGUUGGCACUCCGUAUUGGAUGGCUCCUGAAGUCAUUGAACUCUCAGGAGCGACCACUGCUUCAGACAUCUGGAGUCUCGGCUGUACAGUGAUUGAACUGCUUGAUGGAAAGCCGCCAUAUCACAAAUUACAACCAAUGCCGGCGCUCUUCCGUAUAGUGAAUGACGAUCAUCCUCCACUACCCCAAGGCGCAUCUCCGGCUGUGAAAGACUUUUUAAUGCAAUGCUUUCAAAAAGAUCCCAACUUGCGAGUCUCCGCCCGAAAACUACUCAAACAUCCUUGGAUCGUCAACGCGCAUAGGUCAGAGUCGGUCGUUCCAAAAAAACGUACAGAAUAUGAGGAGGCAGUCAAAAGUGUUCAAGAAUGGAAUGAGGCUCUUCGCUCUCCGGAUUCUACCUCUAGCAGAAAAGCAGUUCGUCCUGAUCAUAAUCCCCCAAGCCACCCGCGGCCAGACUCUAUCAGUACAGGACUACAUGCGAAAAAUACCCCAGCUUCUGGAAUUCCCAAACCAGCAGCAGACAGAUACCGCUCACCAGACCCUGAGGAUAAUUGGGAUGAUGAUUUUGAUUCAGCGAUCUCCCCUCGUGCCCUUGAGCUACCACAUUUACGACCACAUGACCAUCUCGGUGGGUUACUUUCAUCUGAACGACUGAAGACAUUUGCUUCUCUUGAUGGUGCUACUAUGCGCGAUGCAUCGGAUAGUCUUGUGGAAAGCGACAACUUUCUGGAAGCUGACCCGCUGGAAACUAUCAGGCCCUUGCCACGAAAACAAGCAGAUGAAGACAAGGCUGGCAUCAAACCCAGAUCACGCCACAGGUCGAGUAAAAGCGCCCUUCCCAAUCUACCUAGUGUCCAGAUAUUCGGACGCUCAGAUUUAUCAUCAAAGCCACUUCGUCAACCACGUCCAGCAGCUUUUUACAGUGAAAGUGCAGACGAAGAUUACUCCGACCUCAUCGUUGCGAAUGAUGAUGUUCUUGAACGCAAACUAGGCGUUCUCCCAGAGAUAGAUGACAACGGUCCGCAGACCACCUUGUUUGUCUCCGACAAAAAGGAGUCGAUUCGAAGCACCAAAUCUGACGGUAACAAAAAGGCUGCCAAGUCAAGCUUGAAAAAACGGGGCUCUAUAAAACGUAGCCGCUCCUCUAUCGAAAUCCAGAAGUUUGCCGAAGACGAACAUGAUGAGGAUUUUUCCGACAUAUUUGGCAAUGAGGAGAGCACAAAACCAGCGAGUGAGCACGGUUCAGACAAAAGCACUCUCAUGUUACAUUCCAAAUUGUCGAACAAUUCCUGGUUAGGAGACCAGGAUGAUGAGGACGAUCCUUUUGCCCAACUGGAAGAAGGAUUUGACGAAAUGGACUUGGAAGCAAACAUCGCUCGCGACAAGUAUGCUCGGUCGCGUAAUCAGGUUGAGGGGCUUGUGAGCUCCUUGAAAACCUCACAGGAUGAUGAUGUUCUUGCCGAUAUUUCAGAGCAACUAGUAACCAUUUUCUGCGAGAUGCCAGAGACAAAAACCAUCAUCAUCGGGGCUCAUGGAAUGCUUCCUAUGCUAGAAAUUCUUGAGGGCUGUCGUCGUAGAGACAUCAUAUUCAACCUGCUUAAGAUCAUCAAUUGGAUCAUCUACAACGACUAUGAAAUCCAGGAAAAUCUAUGCUUUGUUGGUGGCAUACCAAUUAUCAAUGAAUUCGCUUCGAAGAAAUACCCUCAAGAGAUUCGGUUAGAAGCUGCAGCUUUUGUUCAGCAGAUGUAUCAGUCAUCGACUCUUACUUUGCAAAUGUUUGUAAGUGCUGGUGGUCUCAAUGUACUAGUCGAUUUCCUUGAGGAUGAUUAUGAAGAUGAACGUGACCUUGUCCUCAUUGGUGUGAACGGAAUUUGGAGUGUUUUCGAGCUACAAGGCUCAACUCCAAAGAACGAUUUCUGCAGAAUCCUUUCUCGAAACUCAGUGUUGGAUCCUCUGUCACUUGUUCUAAGUAGGGUCUUGGAUGAAGAUGAGGAACUGGCAAAGAUCAGCGAAGGUCGUAUAGCCAACAUCUUCCUCAUAUUUUCCCAGGCGGAAAAUCACGUCAAAGAAAUGGUAGCUGAACGAACGGUGUUGCAUAGAGUAUUAAAGGAGCUCAGGAGGAUGACUCCGACACAUCAAAUUACGAUGUUAAAAUUCAUUAAAAACCUGUCCAUGUUAUCCACGACCCUUGAAUCCCUGCAAAACUCCAAUGCUAUAGACGUUUUGACGGAAAUUCUUCGCUCUACCAUGAAACAACCUCAUUUCCGAGAGGUUUCAAAUCAGAUAUUGAACACUAUAUACAAUAUGUGUCGCCUUAGUAAGCCAAGACAGGAAGAUGCGGCUUUGAAUGGCAUUAUACCCCUGCUACAAAAGAUUGUGAAAACCGAGCGGCCCCUGAAAGAAUUUGCGCUUCCCAUACUCUGUGACAUGGCGCAUUCAGGAAAAGUAGGACGUCGUGAACUCUGGCGGAAUAAGGGUCUACCGUUCUAUAUUUCGCUGCUCUCCGAUCCUUACUGGCAAGUAACGGCUUUAGACGCAAUAUUUGCAUGGCUUCAAGAAGAGACUGCAAAGGUUGAGGAACAUUUGUUAGAAAGCCGAGCGGAUAGCAUGUCUUUUACAGACUCGAUUGUGAAGUGUUUAACUGUUUCGAAAGCAAAUGCCUUUGAAAACCUGCUGGAACCACUUCAGAAACUAUUACGGCUCAGCCCUCCAGUUGCGUCAACCUUUGCUCGGCCGGACCUCUUCACUCGAAUUGGCCAGAAGCUCCAUCACAACAAGGCAGCCGUCCGGCUGAAUCUGCUGCGCAUUCUCUCAAGCAUUUGCGAUUCAACGGAGGAACACAGCGACUUGGUCUCUCGCUGCGGCCUUUUAGAUGCCAUCAGAGAACUUGAAAACGACCCAGCAAUUCUCGUGAGAGACAUGGCUGGUAAGCUUCUUAAUUCCAACGAACAUAUCGAAACCCUUGCAAGUGCCAAAAGAAGACCGAUUAUGAGGCGAACAAGCACAUCUGCCAUGUCUCAGUCCAUGGGGACGAACCUCUCACGGCCGACAACACCCCAAUUGCGCUCUGGCCAACCACAAGGGUUUUUUGAUGUCCGUGAAACUCCAAGACACCCACGCAACGGUCUCGGUCCUCAUCUACGACAUGGUGCACGAGACAGCAGUGGCUCGGUUGUAGGGUCUGGGGAUAGCGGAGUGUCUGCAGCCGCACGAAGCCGCGUGCCUCGUGGCAUGUCCAGUCGCUUGUCCUUGCUUGGCUCUUUACCAUCAGAGGACACAAGAUCACCUAGCUCUACGAACCGUCUACCAUCAGCGAUCAAUUCGCGACGACGUCGUCAGAACAAUACUGACAUUGAGUGGUCUUGA